CGCACUAAAAACGUUGAAGUUGUUGAAAAUACUUUGAAGAAAUUUGAAAGUCCACAGGAGUUUUUUGUUGAUUUUCUGCAAUCUAGCGCAAUUUUCGUACAUGUUUUAAAAGAUCGGUGAUCUUCGUUAACUCAGGCACUAUGGCAUCGACCUCGAUGGCUCAGAAAACUUGGGAACUGGAAAAUAACAUUGAAUCAGUUCCAAGUGUCGACUCCAUAUUUCGUUAUAAUGGCCAACAACAGCAAGAGAUUUUGUCUGCCAAACCUUGGUCCAAAGAGUACGUUUGUGUUCUUGUAGUGUAUGUGUAAGAUGGAUGCUUGUUUUAUUAGCUAGAUUGCUCAAUAGGGCGAUCGGAUCAUUGAUUUCAAUGUAAAAAGGCUUGUUUAUUGGUCCAUGUUUGUGGGAUCACACGUGUUGUCAAUGAAACUUUUGAUCUCGCUUUUGAUCAGUAUAUAAAAAGGUCCUUGGUUUGAUCUGUGUUGUUACUGUUCAGUCAGUUUGCACACUUUGAUCAAUGCAAAGCUUUGCUUAAGUCUGGUUGAACUAUCAAAGUUUUGAAGGAUUUGUAAGAAAUGUUUCAGGGAACUAGUUAACUCAGUGUUUAUAGGUCACCCAGGGGCUUCCACUUCCGAGUUAAAGCCAGCCCCCAGACACAGAGUAAAACAUCUACAGAGCUGUAACUGACCGUUGUAAACACUGCGGAAGCUUGCGUUUUCAUGUACCCACUUUUUUUUAGGCGACCGGGCAAAAAAUGAUCAACUGCGUGUGCUCGGAAAGUUCUGCGAGCAGUUAAAGCAAGUCGUCAUCCAAUCAGAUGCAUGCAUCUAGUAACUUAGUACACUAGUUACAACUCAGUAAUAGUGAUAAACAAGUGUUAAACAAGCAUGGUAAUAGUGAUAAACAAUAGUGAUUUAAACAAGUGGGCUUAUAUUCGGGUGGACUUAUAUUCGAGGGGGCUUAAUUAUAUUCGAGAGGGGGGGCUCAUAUUUGGAAUGAGGUGAGCGUUAGUACAUGUGGUGGGCUUAUACAUCGAGGCUUAUAUUCAAGGGGGGCUUAUAUUUGGAGGUUUACAGUAAUCAGUCAACUGCACAUUUGCAGAAAUCCUGGCAAACAAGUGUGCCGUCAUCACCAAUGUAAAUUCAUUUUAUUUUGCUAGCCCACAUUAUUUCAAGAAUAUCAAAAUAUCAGCCUUGGCCUUGCUUAAAAUGGUAAAUAAUCAUUGAAAUGUUAUUAUUACUGUACUAUUUGACACUAUCUGCCAAUAAGUGAUUGUGCAAUAAAUGAUUGUUCAUUGGCCUUGUGUCCAUUAUCGUAUGAAUAGUAGCCUGUUUGUGAUGGUUUUCCGGUUUUUCUAAAGCCUAAACUGAAAAAACGGUUUUAAAAUAAAACCGGAAAAAACAUGGUAAACCGUCCAAGCCUAUGUUAACCCAUUAAGCGCCAGCGCUCUCCCCUUGACGAGUAAAAUCGUCUGGCGUUAGACAGAGUAAAAUACUAAAGUAGGGUGUAUCGGGGUGCAAUGCAACUCAAUGGGUUAACUAGACACAUGGGCAGAUAGGCCGAUUAACCCAAUUAAGCGCCAGCGCUCUCACCUUGACGAGUAAAAUCGUAUGGCGUUAGACAGAGUAAAAUACUAAAGUGGGGUGCAUCAGGGUGCAAUGCAACUCAAUGGGCAGAUAGGCCGAUUAACCCAUUAAGCGCCAGCGCUCUCCCCUUUGACGAGUAAAAUUGUCUGGCGUUAGACAGAGUAAAAUACUAAAGUAGGGUGCAUCGGGUUGCAAUGCAACUCAAUGGGUUAACUAGACACAUGGGCAGAUAGGCCAAUUAACCCAUUAAGCACCAGCGCUCUCCCCGUGACGAGUAAAAUUGUCUGGCGUUAGACAGAGUAAAAUACUAAAGUAGGGUGCAUCGGGGUGCAAUGCAACUCAAUGGGUUAACCAUUGAGAUAAAGUGUAGCACGCUAUCUUUCAUAACUCCAGGUAAUGCAUGCGAGGUCAGGUGGCAAUCUAGAAGUGAUGGGUCUGAUGCUCGGCAAGGUUGAUGGGAACACCAUGGUUGUGAUGGAUUCAUUUGCUCUGCCUGUUGAAGGAACUGAAACAAGAGUGAAUGCUCAGGCACAAGCUUAUGAGUAUAUGGCUGCUUACAUUGAGUCUGCUAAAACUGUAAGUUAUUUUUGUUUGUUAAACUUUAUUGAGUACAAAUUAAUUCAACAAUUAUUUAUCUAACAUACAAUUAAGAGCUGUACUCAAACGGACAAGGCACAAACUGGACGUAAAGUCCAUUGCAUGGUGCCCCUCCUUUUCCUAACAUAAACCUUUUAAUUAAUUCACAGUAUACAGUACAGGGUGUCCCAAAAAAAAAAAACCCACUGAAACAACGCACUGCCAGAAUUCGAACGGCCCAGCACCAACUGAACGCAAAGAUACGUAAAUAUGAUCGACAUGAUGCAUAUAAUAUGAGUAUUGAAGAAAUUAAAAUAUCUUUGUAAGCUCAUGAUUAUCUGCUCUUUGGAAUUUAAAGCAACUUCUUAAACAGUUUCUUUAUUCGUAAAAUUUACUUUUGUCAAGCUUUUAUGCAUUUAUAGGUUCAGCAGAGUGCUAAGGCAAUUCAAUUCCCAAGCAACACGCCAUCUCAACAGCUUUGGUCCCCUCUGGGGCACCCUGUAUAACAUAUUUACUUAAUAAAUAAAUAUUAAUAUAAUGCAUGCACAUUAAUUUGAUUAGAAAAAUGAGUAUAUGGCUGCUUACAUUGAGUCUGCUAAAACUGUAAGUUAUUACAGUCCAUUUCACAAAACUUUGACCACAAAUGUUUCGAACUUCGUUGCGAAGUUCAAAAGUUGAUAAUGAGAUUCACAGACCAGUUUGUAAACUACGCAUUUGAUUGGCUUCUUUUACUUCAGGGAUGAAUCAGGGACUUUGUUUACAAAUUGGCUUGUGAAUUCCAAUAUGAACUUCCGAACUUCACAACGAAGGGUUUUGGGUUCAAUGUACAGUAUAGACCAUGUAAGACUUUUUUUUUUAAAUGUGUUUAUUACAUUAACAAAUCCUGAGUACAUUCUUCACAUUCUGGCUCCUUGUGUUCACUGAUCUUCAUGCCUUAACUACCUUCUCUGACAAUAUGAGCCCGCACGAGUGGGAGAAAUUUUACUAAAUUUGACCAACGUGGGGGAUAAUCUGGCUCACUUAUUAAAGGGCCACCAAUGGGUCACUUUAGUUGUCUGUUGUUUAGUUGCCAGCCAGUUUGUUUGUUGUUUGUUUGUUUGUUUGUUUGUUUGUUUGUUUGUUUGUUUGUUUGUUUGUUUGUUUGUUUGUUUGUUUGUUUGUUUGUUUGUUUGUUUGUUUGUUUGUUUGUUUGUUUGUUUGUUUGUUUGUUUGUUUGUUUGUUUGUUUGUUUGGUCAGCCAGUCAGUCAGCGAGCUCUUUGGUUAUUCUAGGUUGGUCGUCUUGAGAACGCAAUAGGAUGGUACCACAGUCACCCUGGCUAUGGUUGUUGGUUAUCUGGUAUUGAUGUUGGUACACAGAUGGUCAGUCAACAAUUCCAAGAACCAUUUGUAGCUAUUGUGGUAUGUCUUCAUAUCCACAUUUGUCAUAAAGUCCCCUCUAGCUCUAAUAAGCCUCCUCUCUAAUAAGCCUCCUCUCUAAUAAGCCUCCUCUCUAAUAAGCCCCUCCCUUUAAUAUGCUUCUUUCUCUAAUAAGCCUCCUCUCUAAUAAGCCCCCUUUCUAAUAAGCCCCUCCCUUUAACAUGCUUCUUUCUCUAAUAAGCUUCCUCUCUAAUAAGACCCUCCCUUUAAUAUGCUUCUUUCUCUAAUAAGCCCUCUCCCUAAUAAGCCCCUCUCUAAUAAGCCUCCUCUCAAAUUUGCCUCUCUAAUAAAUCCCCUCUCUAAUAAGCCCCUCUGUAAUAAGCCCCCUCCCUAAUAAGCCCCUCUCUAAUAAGCCCCCUCUCUAAUAAGCCCCCUCUCUAAUAAGGCUCCUCUCUAAUAAGCCUCCUCUCUAAUAAUAAGCCUUCUCUCUAAUAAGCCCCUCUCUAAUAAGCCCUCCUCUUUAAUAAGCCCUCUCUCUAAUAAGCCCCCCUCUCUAUUACAUCUCCCUCUCUAUUAAGCCCCUCUCUCUAAGAAGCCCCUCCCUUUAAUAAGCUUCUUUCUAUUUAGAUUGAUCCAACAAGAACCAUAUCAGCUGGUCGUGUUAAUUUAGGAGCAUUCCGAACCUAUCCAAAGGUUUGACCUUUUAAGAUUUGAAACUGACAAUAUGAAACUAGAUUCUCAGUGAAGCUUGAAGUUGAUUAUACUGAAUUCCCUCUAGGGUUAUAAACCACCAGACGAGGGCCCAUCUGAAUAUCAAACUAUUCCUUUGAACAAAAUUGAGGAUUUUGGAGUUCACUGUAAACAGUAAGUUCUUCGUUAUUGAGUUUCUCACUCAAAGGUGAACUGAAUUCCCAACAGGCUAUUACCUAAUGGACCUAUUCCCUAAUGAACAAAUUUUUAAUCUAGACAAGUCUAGGCAAAAAUUUUAUCACUGCGUGAAAGAGCAUCACAAAGUUAGUAACAUUUCGUUGCGAAAUGUUGUAAAAUGCGGAUAAUAUAGUCCUGCGAAAAUUGCAAUUUUCAGUCAUUUUGUAUUACGCGCGGGAAAUUGAUACCUUUUUUCAGAAAGCGGUAUCAAUGUUCCGUGCGUAAUACAAAAUGACUGAAAAACGGCAAACUUUGCAGUGCUGUAUUAUCCGCAUUUUACAACAUUUCGCAACGAAACUUGGGAAUAUUACUAAUUUUGUGAUGCUCUUUCAAGCUGUGGUGAAAUUUUUGUCUAGACUUGUCUAGAUCAAAAUUGUGUUCAUUAGGGAAUACAGUACAGUAGGUCCAUUAUCGGAGGUACCUACGAUUUAACGUCUUUAUCCGAGAAGAUGAAAAAGUGUAACCAUGCACUGAUGUCAAUGCAAAGGUAGCACUUUCUCUUCAGUUAUUUUAAGACCUUGAGUAGAGGUCUUUCAAAGGCAAGCAUGUGACCAUGACACCACAAGCUCUGUGCAUCUGCGCAUGUUCUAGACCCUAAAUUUGUAUAUAUGUUAUUUUAGAUAUUAUUCUUUGGAUGUUUCCUACUUCAAGUCAUCUCUGGAUAAACGACUGCUUGAUAUGUUAUGGAAUAAGUACUGGGUUAAUACCUUGUCAUCAAGCACACUCCUUACUGUGAGUUUAAGAACGAAACUAACUUCAUUUAUAUGCUGGAUAGCGCUUUUCUUUAUUUAUAUACUGGAUAACUCCAUCAGUUUUACAUUUUUGUCUUGUUGGGUUUUUUUUGAUAGAAUUCAAAUUAUACAACACAGCAAAUUUCUGAUCUUUCUGAGAAACUAGAACAAGCUGAGGGUCAGGUCAGUGUAUUAUAUAUUACAUCAAAUACAUUGCUGUGGUUUGCGGCGCACAGAGAGACUGACUAUGUCGUAUUCAACUAGACACAUGGGCAAGAUAGUCUGAUUAAACCAAUGAGCGUCAGUGCUCUCCCUGGACAAGUAAGGCCACGGUCAAACGUCGAACUUUUAACAUGUGCCGAACCUAAUGCAAAUGAAGUGAAACAAAGAACUCAUUAUCAUUAGGUUUGGCACAUGAAAAGUUCGACAUUUGACCCUGGCCUAAGAUCGUCUGGCUCAGUAGAUGAUUUAUUCUUUAGGUUGGCAGAAUGGGAGGUUAUUUUCCUAGCGGUGAUGUGGAGAAGAAAGAAGAAGGGAAAUUAUCAAAAGCCAGUAAAGACAGGUGAGAAUUUCUUAACAAUUUAAUAAACAAAUAUAAAUGUCGUUUAAUUUAUUUAACCUACAACAUCUUCGUCAAUUUGUAUGCAAAACACAGGCAUUCUUCACCAAAAACUAAGCACAACAAAUGUAAUAAUACAGUAUCUUGACAGAUGUUUUGUGUAUGUGUGUAAAGACGGCACAGGUUGAAGCUAUCAGGAAAUUAUAGACAUGAUUUGUUCUCAGAAGCAUUGCUAGUAUAGAUCGCAUUAUUCUAGUUCAUCUGGAUAGUUUGUCUUGUGUCUACACUAAACCUGAUGAUCCAUCUUCAUCUGAUUAUAUUUUAGCUCGAAGACAACAAUUGAAGCGAUACAUGGGUUGAUGUCCCAAGUUAUCAAAAACACUUUGUUUAAUCAAGUCAAGUCAACAGCCGGGGUUUAAGAUGGUAGGAGACAACGUCUAGUGUAUAGGAACUAUGUCUUGUGUGAAAUCUUCGGCAAAACCAUCACUGAUUAGGAGUGUUUACUAUUGGUUAACGGUGGCAUUCAGUAAGCCUCCUCAGCAAGCCACUUUGUGAGUUCCCAAACGGGGAAAUUUGGUUAAAUUGAAACCUUGGUCAACUUUCGGCCGAGUAGGAUGGGCUAGCAAGGGAAUCCUCUCAAAUCCCUCGUAAUCCCUUUUAUCAACUCUAAAUCCUCUUUCUGUCCCCGUUACCACCCACUUUUUGGCCAGACAUACGACAAUAAAGAAUAAAUACUGCGUUCUUCCGCCUCUGAAUUUCGCCGUUUGGGAAGCCACAGAGUUGCCUAUGGAGGAGGCUGGGUUGCAGUCAGCGAGCCAACAGAUAUCAACUUCAGACUUCCAAGACUUAAGCCCUGGGCAAACUAGGAAACAUUGUUGCGGAAACAUUGUUUCCUACCAAUGUUUCGCCGUGUUUCCCAGAGUGGGCAAACACUAGGAAACAUUAGUGAGAAACAUGGGGAAACAUCAAAUGUUUCUGAAUUUGCUAGGAAACAUUUUUGCUUCUCGGGAAGCAAAUUUUGUUUCCGCAACAAUGUUUCCACGGGUGGGCAAACAGGGAAACAUUUGAGGAAAUAUCGAGUCACAAAUGUUUCCACAACAAUGUUUCUUAGUUUGCCCAGGGCUUUAAAGACUCACACACAUAUAAUGAAAACAAUAAAUAACAUUUCCUCAUUACGAUAAUCGUAGGUUGAGCACAUUUGCUGCAAUAUAGUAGUGAAUCCCAUACAGUAUUGUGUUAUGUAUUCUUCCCACGCGAACCACUAAAUAUGCCAACUGGCAAGACCUAAACGAAACCUAUCACAAAAUUGGCAGUCUGGAUAUCUAACUAUUAUAAAAAAUAAAUCAGCAGUACAAAAAACUGCCGUGGUUUUCGUCUUUUCAAAUAUACAGCAUACCACCAACACAGACGAUAUCCUAAUGAGAAUAUGUCAUAACUUUGAACAAGCGCUUGCUGUUAGGAAUUAUGAUUCGUGCUAAACUUGUACGCUGUAGAAAAACUAUAAUUUAUAGAUUGGUGUACAUUGUACAUUACAGUUCUUUAUGACCUUCAUUCGCUUCAGUUUCGGACUCUUUGUCUUGUUUUAAAUUUCGUAAUACCUCGGCAGCAUCAUGGCGUUGUUUCUCAUCGUAUCGCUUGUCUAGUGUGAACCAGAUUGGCAGCGCACAUCGUGUGCCUUGUUUGAUACCUAACACGCCGUGGAGAUUCUCAAAUCCCGCGGAGAAUACUACCAUACGACCACAUUUUGGCUUCAGGAUUGCCUGUAAAUAG